CUCCCCCCCAAAAAGUUUGAGUUGCAGCUGCGGGGCUGCCAGCGAGUCGCGCGCCCGGAGCUACGCAGGGCAGAGAAGUCAUGGCUUCUCCGUCCAAAGGCAAUGACCUGUUUUCGUCCGAUGAGGAGGGCCCGGCCAGGGUGGCAGGGCCGGGCCCCGGGCCUGGGGGCGCCGAGGGGGGCUCCGAGGAGCGCCGCGUCAGGGUCUCUAGCCUGCCCUUCAGUGUGGAGGCGCUCAUGUCCGACAAGAAGCCUCCCAAGGCGGGGUCUCCGCUGCCGGCCGAGAGCGCCUCAGCUGGGGCCAGCCUGCGGCCGCUGCUGCUACCAGGACACGGCGCCCGGGAGGCGCACAGCCCCGGGCCUCUGGUCAAGCCCUUCGAGACGGCCUCAGUCAAGUCGGAGAAUUCAGAAGACGGAGCGGCGUGGAUGCAGGAAGCCGGCAGAUACUCGCCGCCUCCGAGACAUAUGAGCCCCACCACCUGUACUCUGAGGAAGCACAAGACCAAUCGGAAGCCACGCACACCUUUCACCACAUCCCAGCUCCUAGCUCUGGAGCGCAAGUUCCGCCAGAAACAGUACCUGUCCAUUGCAGAGCGGGCAGAGUUCUCCAGCUCUCUGAACCUCACAGAGACCCAGGUCAAAAUCUGGUUCCAGAACCGAAGGGCCAAGGCGAAAAGACUACAGGAGGCAGAACUGGAAAAGCUGAAAAUGGCUGCAAAACCUAUGCUGCCCUCUGGCUUCAGUCUCCCUUUCCCCAUCAACUCACCCCUCCAAGCAGCAUCUAUAUAUGGAACAUCCUACCCUUUCCAUAGACCUGUGCUUCCCAUCCCGCCCGUCGGACUCUAUGCCACACCAGUUGGAUAUGGCAUGUACCAUCUAUCCUAAGGAAGGCCAGGUUGACAGACUCCACGAUGGACGUUUGUUUCAAAGGGUUCCCCUUUCUCUCCAAGGAGGCUACACUGACCCAGUCCUCCCGCUGUGCAAACCUUGCUUGCACCACUCUGAGCAAGAGCAGCAAGGCUGUGGGCCACAUGACAUAGAUCAAAGUUUGUUCUUUAGGUGGUUGGCACCAAGUCCUGUUUUCUUGGCAUAAUCUUCCAAAUGCCCCCUUUCUCCUUUUACAAAGAUUGGCUCUGGCAGUUUUUAUGUAUAAAUAUAUAUAAUAAAAUAUAAGAUGGUUUUAUACAGCA